ACUAAAUGGCUAUUUUCUCUCAUUACCUAGGAUGAACGAAACAACGUAUCAUACUUUAACCAGUGAACUAUCAAGUGCUAUGCAGGAGUUCUUUCAUUAUCUUGAGGUUUUAUUGUCUCCGAAUCAUGCGACCUACGCCAAUCCAAACAACACGUACAGUGCCGGGUAUGUGGAUGGGCCACAGCUUUAUGAUUAUAUAUUUCACACUGCUCAAGGAUGGAAUUCUGUAGUUGUAAAUCUGUUCGAGGUUCCCUUCCUCAAAUCUCUGAUCAGUGGUGAGGGUACGGAAGAGGUGGCUGAAACAAACUCUACCAGUGGGAAAGGCGUGAGAACUACUAGUCGGCUGGUCAGCUUGAGCGACCACGAGGCGGUCACCUCUCAUCUUCUGCUCUAUAAAUAUAGAACAUAGAGAAUAGAGAUCAGAUCCAGAUUUUUAUUAUCCGGAUCAAUAUGUUUAUUUUACAAUUCGUAGAAACAUCAAGAUUAUUAACAAUUGACGGCUUACUAACAAUAUAUGUAAAUACCUAAAAUCAUAAAUUUAAAUCUGUAGCAUAAGAUUUAGCACCAAAAUAUUAUAUCGCUUAAAAUUGAUUAUAUAAAAGUAAAUUUUUGUAACUAAAUGUAUAUUAUGAACCACUAUUUACUGUUGAAACACACUUAGAAUAUGUAUUAUAUGUUUUAUAGCACAAUGAUAUUUUAACUUAGAUAAAUUUUAGUUAACAAUGCACUUAUUCUUAGUCUUUCCAUUUACUAAAUUGGGCUCAAUAUUCAAAGAACCAUUGGUUAUUUUUGCUUGGGUUAAAAUGAACUUGGUCUUACAGUUAAAAUUCUGAAAAUUCGCCCUUAACUUUUAAUAACACCUCGCUCAAUUAAGGAGAUGUGAAAACUUUUUCAUACUCAACAAACUGGUGUAACAAUAGAAGAAAAUAAAAUUACUUUAAAAUACUCCCUUCCAGUUUUAAUUCUAUUAUUAAAGCCUCGGGAGAAGAAAAAAACACACAAAUAAGAUAAGAUCCAAUAAGGGAAAUAUAAAGUCAACCGAAAUUUAAUUGAAUGUGAUAAA